UUAUGAACUUUCGCACGACUCGAACUGUGAAAAAAAAAAUCGAAAUCAAGACACGAAAUAACAAAAACAAGUUUGAAUCAAAAGGUACGAACUAAACCAACAAGGGACUAUUGAUUGUUUAAGGUAACUCCAUAUAUAAAUACAAGAUGUUGAAUUCAGUCACUAGUAAGAUAAUUGCAUUGGUAUUGAUAUUUGCUCAGUUGAGUAAUGCUUUACAUUUCUACUUGAACACUGGUGAAACCAGAUGUUUCUUUGAAGAAUUACCGGAAGAUACUUUAGUUGUUGGUAGAAUCGAUGCUUAUGAAAAGAAUGAUCAUAAUGGUGAAUUUGAUCGUAAUUCCAACUUAAGAGUUCAAAUCACUGUUGACGAAACUUUUGAUAAUGAUCAUAGAGUUGUUUCUCAAAAAUCAUCACCAAGUGGUGAAUUCACUUUCACUUCAUUAGAUUCAGGUGAACAUAAAUUCUGUUUAACUCCAGUUUAUUCUGAUGGUUCUCGUGGUAAAAAUCAUAGAAUUUUCUUUGAUGUUGCUCUUGGUUCUGCUCAUGAUUAUGUUGAUUCAAAAUCUACCAAAAAGAUUGAUUCAUUAACUCUUCAAGUUCAAUCCUUAAACAAAAAAUUACAAGAAAUCCAUUGGGAACAAGAACAUAUGAGAGAAAGAGAAGCUAUCUUUAGAGAUCAAUCUGAAAACACCAAUUCAAGAGUGGUUAAAUGGACCAUUGUUCAAUUAGUUGUCUUAGUCGGUACUUGUGUAUAUCAAUUACGUCACUUGAAGAGCUUCUUCGUUAAACAAAAGAUUGUUUAAUCAACCAUAUAACAACUGUCUGUUUAAGAAAAAAGUAACUAAGUAAAUGAACGAAAAAUCCCAUAUAUAAUAAAUCUUUUUAGAGAUAAGUUAGUACUUAGUCUGGUAUCAAACUUGCUUUUCUCGAGUUUUUCAUAAAUAUCCCAUGUCUAUUAAACUAGUUUAAACCCUCUUAAUGUAUAAAAUCAGUAUA